UUAUUGGUUUACUUUUUUUAUAUCACAGACGAAAGAUAUCGAUUUGCAAUAUCGUCUGCCAUCAAUACACAUCAUGGAAUUAUGCUGCUUUUAGGAUAGAAAGUUGGAAACAUGUAUUGAAAAUGUGAUUUCAUCGCCAGUAUUUUGACUUUUAAAACAGCAAAAAUAUGAAGUUUGUUUUCCUACUAGCUCUGAUUCCUGCUGUCCUUAUCUGCAUCGAAAGUUACGUAGGUGAACAACAAAUGGUGUAUUACGCGCCAAUAAAUCCGGAUCAAUGUGAUUGGCCCAACAAUCAAGAUUGCUUGGCACCAACUGUCCAAUAUGCUCCUUCGAAGUACUCCGCGGAACACCCUGUUGAAUCGUACUUUUGGCCCAUUCGCAGAACUUUCUGUCCAAAGAGAUACUCAUGGCCUUGUUUCCGAAAAGUCAACGAAUGUUGCUCGGAUUACGACUGCGAUCCAAUACAGCUAUGCUGUUUCGAAAACUGCGGUAACACCUGCCAGUUCCCAGUCUCUUUCCCAACAGACGGUAUAAAAGUGAACAAACACGAUCCACACUGUCGCGUGGACCCGAUGUUUAUAAGAGUGCCCAUUCCUCCAAUCAUUAAAGGCUGAAGUACUUCA